AUGUCGCUCGCCAUGCGGCCCAUCUCUCGCCCCCUCGCGGGCCCCUCACGGCUGAGACUGAAGUCCACCGUGCAGCCUGCUCGCGGUAUGAGCUCGGUCCCCACGCAGACCCCUCGGGCCACGGCUCCCAUGCCCUCCAACAUGCCCCGCGAAAACUACUCGGCUCCGCUCAGCUACACGGUCCACUAUGUUGGACGCACACUCCGCUAUGUCGCGUAUGGUGUCAUUGGUCUCGGUGCUACAGCUCUCACAGCGUACGAGGGCAUGCACCAGUACGUCGAGCACGUGCAGCUCGCGGCUCCCACCCGGUCCCAUGACGACGACACGUUUGCCUGGGCCGAUGAGAACCAGGCAUGGACGGGCGGGUUCAGCGGCGGCACCGACCCACGUCUUGGCUUCAAGGCGCGCCAUGCGCUCCGCGGCGCAUACCUGUUCUGGGAGUGGGGUUCGGGCGACACGAGCACCAUUGGCAGCCAUCACUCUCUUCACCCCAGCUUUGGCAGCCGGCGCGGUAUGAUCGGUGGCGGCGGUGUCCGCCGUACGGACCGUGGCUACGAGCUCGCCGAAGAGUUUAUCGACGCGACCAUUACCGCUGCUGAGAAGCGCGGGUUUGUCUUCCCACCCGAGCUUGACCGUGCGCGCGCUGCGGGCCCACCAGAGGUCAUGGCCUUCAGCGCUGACCAGCCCAACGACGGCGUUGACCCGACUGCCAUCGACCUUUUGCUCCUCAAGGCCGGUGUCCUCGAGCGCCUCAACACCCCGGAAACUCUCGAGCACGCGAAGGAGCUGUAUGAGCGUGUGAUCCAUGCCGACCCCCUUCGCCCCGGUCCCGUUCCCACCGCACGUACCAUGCGUCUAGCGCACAAGAUUGGUGACCUUGCGGCUCGCUCUGGCGAUGGCGCCGAGGCCCAGGAGUGGUGGGCUUGGGGUCUGCAGCGUGCUCACAUCGACCUGCCUGCUAUCAAGGCCAGCAAGGCUGUCUCUUCGUCUUCCUCGAACGGCGGUAGCAGCAGCUGGUGGAGCUGGGGCAACAAGUCCAGCCCCGCGCCGCCUGCCGAGCCUGCGUCACUCAAGGAGACUGCCGCUGUGCCUCCCCUGGCCUCUGACCCCAAGCUCGCCCCGCCCGUCCUCCGUGCCGCGCUUGCGCUGCUCAUCUCGGCCUCGGCGGCUGACGCGCAGGGCGGCUCGCUCGAUGCGGCUGCUGCGGUUCAGUCCCUCGCCAUCUCCCUGCUCCCCGUGUCUGCCCGCCUCGCCGUCCCGGCCUCGUCCACUGGCCCGGCCUCUCUGCAGGAGACAUGGCUCGAGUCGCGCGCCGCUCUCCUUAACCUGCACCGCGCCAGCGUGGCCUAUGCUCGCAAGGAGAAGGGCGUCAAGCCCAUCGACCUCACGGGCAACUCUACGGACCGGUCCGAGGCUGUCCUCGCUCAGCUCACGCCCAUCCUCCCAACGGCCUACACUUCGCCGCGCGGGACUCCCCUCGAGCAGCCCGCCAACCGCCUUGUGCGCGAUACGCUCCUGACUGCGGCCGAAGCAUACUACACGCACGCCGUCUUCCUUGAGCGCGGCGGCGGGUCCAAGGAGAGCGAACAGGACCGCGUGCACCGCCUGGAACACUCGGGCGAGUGCUACGAGCGCGCCAUGACCCUCGCGGCGGCCGAGAGCGGAACCACCAACACCAAGAAGGAUGAAGAGGAUGGUGUGGGCCGCGGCGAAGAGUGGAUGCGGUACUGGCGCGGAUACGCCCGUGUGCGUAACAAGAUCAUGGCGGAUGUGGAUGCUGGCAAGGAGGUCAAGCCUGCCGACGGCGACGCUGUCGCCAACCCCAAGGCCUAG